AUGGGCCUCGUACUCUCCCUGCCCUUCGCGGGCAUCCUAGGGACUGUUGCAUCGUCAUGCAUUGGCGGCCUUGCUUUCUUCUGCACCUCGACAGCUGCGUCGAUGUUCUUCAAGUCAUGUAACUGUAACUCGUCUAUUGCCACGCGUGUUGGCUUUGCGAUUAUAUUCUGCCUGAACUCGAUGUUCGCAUGGCUCAUGAAGACACCUCUCGCGAUCCAGACCAUUGAGAAAUGGAGCCAUGGCUACUUGGAGAUGGACUGCGACGGUGGCAGAUGUUAUGGCGUUCUCGCGGUCCACCGGAUAUGCUUCGCUCUUUCCCUCUUACACUUCAUCCUCGGUGCAUCCCUCAUUGGCGUUAAAGACACCAAAGACAAGCGAGCUUCCAUUCAGAACGGCUGGUGGGGUCCCAAGGUCUUCCUCUGGCUCGUCCUCGUCGUCGCGUCCUUCUUCAUCCCGAACGGCUUCUUCAUGUUCUGGGGCAACUACGUCUCCCUCAUCGGCGCGACUAUCUUCAUUCUCCUCGGCCUCGUCCUCCUCGUCGACUUCGCGCAUUCCUGGUCCGAGACGUGCCUCGAGAACUGGGAGAACUCUAACUCGAAUCUGUGGCAGUGGGUCCUGAUCGGGAGCACAGCGGGGUUGUACAUCGCCGCAAUUGCGCUUACGGGCGUGCUCUACGGGUUCUUCGCGGACAGCGGCUGCACACUGAACCGGUUCUUCAUCUCGUUCAACCUCGCGCUGUGCGUCAUUAUCACGAUCAUGUGCGUGCACCCGGUCGUGCAGGAGCACAACCCCCGCAGCGGCCUCGCGCAGGCGAGCAUGGUCGCCGCGUACUGCACGUACCUCAUCACCUCCGCUGUCGGCAACCACGCCCACGAGACGUGCAACCCGCUGAGGAAGGGCGGCGUCGGCGAGGGCGCGAAGAACACGACCGUCGUGCUCGGCGCUCUGUUCACCUUCUUGGCUAUUUCGUACUCGACCAGCAGGGCUGCGACGCAGAGCCGCGCGCUGGUGGGCAACAACAAGAAGGGUGCCAUUGAGCUGCCGAUCGAUGACGGACAUGCGGAGAUGGGCGUUGUGAACACCCAGCCAGGCCGCACGGAGUCGCCCAGGUACCAGGCCCUGCUAGCAGCGGUCGAGGCUGGUGCUAUCCCUGCCUCUGCACUCGAUGAAGACGAGGACGAAGAUGAGGACGAGGUUAUCGGUGAGACCCGUGACGACGAACGCUCCGGCACACGAUACAACUACUCCUGGUUCCAUAUCAUCUUCGCCAUGGGUGCGAUGUAUGUCGCCGUCUUGCUUACAGACUGGAACGUGGUCAAGACCGAGCAUAGUGGCGAUGACGACGUCUACAUCGGCCGCUCGGAGAUCGCCAUGUGGGUUCGCGUCGUCUCGAGCUGGGUCUGCAUGCUCCUGUACAUGUGGAGCUUGCUUGCCCCGGUCAUCAUGCCAGAUAGGUUCGAUGACCUAUAG